AAAAUUUUUGAUAAAGUAAAAUAUAUUGUGCAUUACCAAAUUCUUUUUCUGUAAAACUUCAAUAAAUUUGUCAUACGAGCCUUCUUGAGUAUGCAGAGGAUUCGAUCAUUUCGCAGAAGUUUUAGACAUUACCAACAACGUUUGAAAAAGAAACUGCUUUCAAGUGAUCCACUGUGUGAUAAAAUCGACAUAGCAGAUCUAGGUGAUGAUGAAAACUUGAUAUACAUAAAGUUUUUCCAGUAUUUUCGCUGCUAUGAUAUCAUUCCCAUUAGUGCCAAAUUGGUAGUAUUUGACACCCAGUUACUGGUGAAAAAAGCAUUUUUUGCUCUUGUUCACAAUGGAGUCAGAGCUGCACCGCUUUGGGAUAGCAGUCGGCAAGAAUUUGUGGGUAUGUUAACAAUAACUGAUUUCAUCCACAUUCUCAGGACUUACUACAAGUCUCCCUUGGUGAAGAUGGAGGAAUUAGAAGAGCACAAAUUAGAGACAUGGAGAAAUGUUCUUAAGGAAAAAACAAAACCUCUUGUUAGUAUUGAACCGGAUGCAGGUUUAUAUGAAGCUAUUAAGAAGCUGAUUCAUGGCAAGGUUCAUCGGUUGCCGGUAAUUGACCCUCAGACUGGGAAUGUACUGUACAUCUUGACCCACAAGAGAAUUCUCAGAUUCCUCUUUCUUUAUUUUUCAGAGCUUCCCAGACCAAGUUAUCUUAACCAGACUCUACAGGACCUCCAACUGGGAACCUUCUAUAACAUAGCAACUGCAAAAGAAGACACUCCUGUCAUUACAGCUCUCAACCUGUUUGUAGAAAGAAGAGUUUCGGCAUUACCACUGGUGAAUGAACACGGAAAAGUGGUUGAUAUUUAUGCCAAAUUUGAUGUUAUUAAUCUCGCAGCUGAAAAGACCUACAACAAUCUUGAUGUAACUGUGAAGAAGGCACUAGAACAUAGACACCAAUGGUUUGAAGGUGUAGUCAAAUGUAAAGCUCAUGAUACACUGGGUGCAGUGUUGGAGAUUCUUGUCAAAGCCGAGGUUCAUCGCCUGGUUAUGGUAGAUGAUAACGACCAUGUUGUUGGAGUUGUCUCUCUCUCUGAUAUUCUCAGGUUUCUAGUGAUAAGGCCAACAGGUGACGAAAACCCUUCCAGAAUAGAAGAGGAUCCACGUGGAGAAGUUAGUGUCUCUGAAGAACAGAGUCAAGAUGAAGGAGAAUGAAUCAUCUUGCUUUGAGAAAGCUGACAAGUAGAGUAGAUAUAUCUAAUCUUAGUGGAGUACAUGAAGUUAAAUUACCACUAGGGUUUUGUCGUAACCCAAAAAUUCACAAAUAGGAGUGAUUUUUUUUUUUUU